CGGGGAUGCUGGUGUCCGGAUCGGAGGACUGUCCCGCAAGAAGCGGGACUGUUGGGCGGUCAGAUCGUGUUCGCAGCUCAAAACAUUUGCAGCCACCUGAUCUAUUCUUGUUUUAGUGUCAAACUUCCAGAAACUUUCUUGGCAAAUGACUGUGCUGCAACAUGCCAGCCCUCCAUCUCAUCCAGAGUGCACUGCUUGUCCUUCUUCCUUGUGAAUAGGCAAAAGGCAAAACAUGAUCCCUAUUGCCAUUCAGUCUCAGAGGAGUCCUGUUAAUGCUUCCCAUUCAGCUUCCUUAGAAGUUACCCAGGAUGAAGAACUCGCAAAGGUCUUGGAACAAGAUCCCUCGUUGGAAGAUCUUUGUAAGCCUCUGUCUUGUAAGCUGUGUAAUGUCACUCUAAACUCUGCACAGCAGGCUCAAGCUCACUAUCAGGGCAAAAAUCAUAACAAGAAGCUUCGCAAUUACUGUGCAUCGAGUAGCUGUCCUGCAUCAUCAAGAAUGAGUCAAACCGUGGAGAUGAUUUCGCCCCAAGCCGUAUCGUCAUUGAAUACAUCCUCCACAAAAGCAUGUGGGCGUGUAAUUCUUGCCACUGAGAAUGAUUACUGCAAAUUGUGUGAUGCUUCUUUCAGCUCCCCAGUUGUAGCCCAAGCUCACUACCAAGGAAAGAACCAUGCAAAAAGAUUACGCCUAGCCGAAACGCCUGCAAACUGUUUUAUGGAUUCAACUGAAUGUAAGAGAAAAACUCGAAAGGAAGGGAAUGAGCAUAAGGUGAUGGCAAUGCGAAGAAAUGCCUGCGCGGUUCAGAACAAUACAGGUCCAUAUUUCAAUCCUCGUUCUCGACAGAGAAUUCCCAGAGACCUAGCCAUGUGUGUCACUCCCAGUGGGCAGUUUUACUGUUCAAUGUGCAACGCAGGAGCCAGUGAAGAACUGGAGUUUCGGCAACACCUAGAGACAAAGCAGCACAAAAGCAAAGUCUCUGAGCAGCGAUACCGCAGUGAAAUGGAGAACUUGGGUUACAUGUAGUAAAAUGGUGGUGCCUUUGUUCCCUGAACACUCUUCUGGACAAGGACUAUAUAGGGCCAUUGAUGCUGUAAUUUCCGAAAGGCUUUUGCUGUGAUCAGUAAGGAAGGACAUUUGUUCAAUGCAGAGGACCAAACAUUUGUACAAGCUGCAGCAGAAGGUAUUUCCUAUUAAAAAGUACUUUCUAGCCUCA